AUGGUCAAGGAUACACCGGUUUACCCAAUUCCCUCUGUGGACCGCCAGCGAAAACGAAGGCUGCAGUUUGAUGAAACGCCUCCACGAUCCCCUGACUUGGACGAGGCCGCCAAUUCGUUAUUGCUGGACGAUAAUCUCCCGCUAUAUGCUAGGACUAUAAUCGGAUACUUGCUGGAAAGCCGCAAACAAAUGGAGUCGAUUGUCAGAAGCAAUCAUCAAAAAACCAGUCGGAAGCCGAACCAACUUCUGUGGAUCAAAUCGGAACAAAUCUUCCGAGUCAAACCGACGUGGAUCAAAUCGGAUGGCAGGAACAAGAAAGAAGACGAUCGUUGGUACUGGCUGGAAUUCCGGAAUAUCGUGGUGGACCAAGCAGCGUAAGAGUUAAUCAUGAUUCGAAUUGCGUUUGUCAGAUUUUCGAUUUUUUGAAUAUUGAUUGUGCCCCCAUUGCAAUUUACCGCAUGGGGAGACCUAGUUUUUCGCGGGAUAGAUUGCUUAAAGUAGUAAUGCCUUCAACUUUUUUUGUUGGACUAACACUUAAGAGAGCCUAUCUGAUGAAGAAAUUUCCUUACAAAAAAGGCAUAUUCAUUAGGGCGUCCUUAUCGAAAGCGGAGCGUGAAAAGCUCAAGCUAGAGAAAGGAUUGCGAAUAAGUGUUUCCAGAAAUGAAAAUGUUGAUUCUCAUGUUUCUCAUGUUUCUCAUGUUUCCCCUUCUGCUAAUAGUCAUAUGGAUGUCAUCAAUCAUUCUUCCCAUACUGAUUUUGCUGAUUCUUUAAACGCAUAGUUAUUCCUCGGAGAGAAGAUAGUUCUUUUUCGUCUUUUUUGUGUUUUCUGACAAAUAUAAGAUCAUUGCAAAAAAAUUUAUCUAUGCUCACAUUCCUCCUCGCCAAUACCUUGCCAUGUAUAUGCGGGAUUACAGAGACCUGGUUGAACGCAAGCUAUGAUAUAUCCGAUGCCGCCCUUUUUGGCGAAUUAUGCAGAUUUUACGAGAUAUAUAGAUGUGAUCGCAAGUUUAAAAGGGGCGGUGGUGUAGCCUUACUGCUAAGUAAGGCUCUGUGCCCACUUUUAGUAUUCAGUGAGUCGAUCAUUGAUGGUUAUGAGUUACUUUGUGUAGACAUUCAUACCAGUACGAGAAAAGGUCGAAUAAUAUUGGUGUAUAGAACGCCCUCCUGCCCACGUCCCAUUUUCGAUCAGUUGAUCAAGGC